UAUCCACACGAGAAGGAGCGGUGGGUGGGGGAGGCGCGAGCUCGGGGCUCCUGCUCGGAUGGCGGCGCAAUGGAGCACCGCGGCGAGGCUGGACCGGUGGACUGGACCCUGGCGCCGCAGCUCACCGCUGCCUCCACCGUGCCGGGCGCCGGCGCCGGCCGUGCCGCCGCGGCGGCGGGCGAGGAGGAAGGGCAGGAUCGGCUGCGCGUCCGUGCCAAGGGAGCUUGCCGCGGCUGCGGAGGCGGAGCAGGCCACGCCGCCGGUGGUCGCCGACGGCACUGAGGAAGAAGGUGUAGCGUGCGAAGCGUGCAGCGGCGCGGGGUGGCUGCUCUGCGACUUCUGCAAGGGGAAGAAGAACAACGUCAAGUCCGAGGGCAGCCGCGUGUACCGCCGCUGCCCGACCUGCAAAGCCGCGGGUUUCAUCCUGUGCCCGAGAUGCAGGGUGUACAAGUGCGUCACCUACCCGGAGAGCAACGAGUCAUGACGGGCCCUGACUAUCUGAAUAUUUGAUCACCUCGAACAAUUCUUCUGCAUUACGUUUUCUUUCCUCCUGAUGACUGCGUUGUGGAUCAUCUGUCAACAGGGUGUACAGCACACUCUGUAGUCUGUACAGUUACAUGCUCUGAAUCCGAAUGUCAGGCAAGUGCUGUUCGCCUAGCGUGGUCUUCUGAAACUAUCAGUAUGCAGAAUAUGAUAUGGUCUUCGGGAGCCGAAUCAUGUCCAUCUUUCUUAGUCCAUUUUACAGGCUUGCUUUGUUAGGGUCAUACAUGUGUACUGCAGCCUAGUGCUAAAUUCUCCAGAUGUUCUAACUUAUUUUUAUUA